CUACUAUUUACUUUAUUUACUUUACAUUUUCAAACACGGCUUCCUUCGGCUUUCUUCUUCUUCCCAUUUCUUUCUACUUGACACCUUCAAAUCAUUCAAAAAUACACUCAAAUUACGAAUGCCAAUUCAAUCUUAAACUGGUUUGACAACAUUCCGGCACCUAUCUUAACAUCCAGGAACAGGGUCCACCACAAAUCGUCGAAUCAUUGGUAUCAUGGCAUCUCCAGCAUCUGACAGAGAUGUGCUUCCCGAUUCUGUCAAGCCUUCUCAUUAUGCACUCUCUGUUUACGACAUCGAGCUAGGGGGAGCUUUCAGCUAUCAAGGGACAGUCAACAUUGACAUCAAAAUUGUCAAGCCCACUAAGGAAAUUACCUUAAAUGCUUUGCAACUCAAGAUACAUGAAGCUGAGGUACUUUUGGCUUCUGGAAAGACCUCGCAGUCUAUCAAGUCUAGUGAGAUAUCUUAUGAUGGUAAGAAACAGCGUGUAACUUUAAGCUUCCCGGAAGAGUUGUCUAUCUCCGAAAAUGCCAACCUAUCAAUCAAAUAUCAAGGAACAGUCAACAAUGAUAUGGCGGGUUUUUAUUAUUCAAAAUAUAAACCUCAAGUCACACCAGCUGCGUCUGUUCCUAAGGUUGAUGAUUUCCACUGCAUGUAUAGCACUCAAUUCGAGUCAUCUGAUGCUCGUAGAGCUUUCCCUUGUUUCGAUGAGCCUAACUUGAAGGCGACUUUUGACUUCGAGAUCGAAAUCCCUAAGGAUCAAAUUGCUUUGAGCAAUAUGCCUGAGAAAGGCUCGAGGGAUUCUAAGGAUGGAUAUCACUUCAUCGAAUUUGAAAGAACGCCAAUCAUGAGCACCUAUCUUCUCGCCUGGGCAAUGGGAGAUUUCGAGUACAUCGAGGACUUCACAAAACGCAAGUAUAAUGGGAAGCCAAUCCCUGUCCGUGUCUAUACUACUAGAGGCUUGAAGAGUCAAGCACAAUAUGCACUUGAUCAUGCACCUAAAGUCAUUGACUUAUUUUCGGAAAUUUUCGAUAUCGACUAUCCACUCCCUAAAGCUGAUUUACUUGCUGUACAUGAAUUUGUAAGUCUCCUAUUUCGUUGUUGUCAAUAAAUCCCCUAUCUGCGUGGGCUUUACAUUGGAUAUCCAAAUAUCCUUCUUCUUUAAAUCAUUCAAUUCGUGCGCUCGCCGUGUACAUGUAGUGUAGUUGACAUUUUCGCUAAUCGUCGUUCUAGUCCCAUGGAGCGUAUGUUGAAGCCAGUUCCCGAACCCCUACAAGGUCAUGAGUACGCUAACUAACUUUCUAAUCUACUGGAUAGUAUGGAGAACUGGGGUCUUGUAGGUAGUCCAUAUCAUUGAAUGCAUUAAAUCGCUACUCACUGUUCCAGGUUACCUAUCGCACGACAGCUGUAUUGUUUGACGAGAAAACUUCCGAUACAAAAUUUAAAAACAGAAUUGCAUACGUCGUUGCGCACGAACUCGCCCAUCAAUGGUUUGGCAACCUAGUCACUAUGGACUGGUGGAGUGAGCUUUGGCUUAAUGAGGGUUUCGCCACCUGGGUUGGAUGGCUGGCGACAGAUCAUUUUCAUCCAGAUUGGUGUGUAUGGCCGCAGUUCGUGGCUGAGGGUAUGCAGACUGCAUUCCAGUUGGACUCCUUACGUAGUUCGCAUCCUAUUGAAGUGCCAGUCAAAGAUGCUUUGGACGUUGAUCAAAUUUUCGAUUCUAUAAGCUACCUUAAAGGUAGCUCGGUGCUCCGAAUGCUGGCCACCCACCUUGGUCAAAAGACUUUCUUGAAGGGAGUUUCAAACUACCUAAAAGCUCAUGCUUAUGGCAAUGCCACAACACAAGAUCUGUGGUCAGCUCUGAGCGAAGCUUCGGGUCUAGAUGUGAAAGCUAUCAUCGAUCCAUGGAUCACCAAGAUGGGCUACCCUGUUCUUACUGUUACUGAAGAACCUGGACAAAUUGGCAUUAAGCAAAGUCGUUAUCUCUCGACGGGCGAUGUGAAACCUGAAGAUGACGAAACAACUUGGUGGGUGCCUUUGGAUUUCCAAGGAAAAAUUGGAGCCCAAGGAGCACAGCAAAUCGCUUUUGAACGAAAAGAAGAUACAAUCAGAGAUAUUGAUGACUCUUUCUACAAGAUUAAUUCCGAGACUGCAGGAUUUUAUCGCGUCAAUUAUCCACCAGCAAGACUUGCCAAGCUUGGAUCACAAUUGGACCGCCUCAGCUUGACUGAUAAAAUCGGUAAGUCUAGACUAAGCUUGGGAUUUUUAAAAAGUCCAGGUUGCAGUUCAGCACAAUAGUGAGGCGCCUCUCGAUUCGCUUGGCUUGUUGAACCAUUCAAUUGUUCAACCUGUGGUAUAUCGAUUCGGCUAGAAGGUUGAAUUUUUUAGAUGCAAAACCUAGAACCAUUCACAAUAUGGCAAACAUCGAAAGCUCUCGAAUUUGGACUGCAGCCUGGGCUUUUAGAAAUUCUAAUCACGCUCUCUUGUCUCAACUUGGUAACUGACUUUAGCCUAGGUCUCAUUGCCGAUGCGGGUGCACUUGCAAUAUCGGGACAAGCAGCAACUCCAGCGUUCUUAACUUUGGUGCAAGGUCUAUCUGAUGAAUCUAACUACUUGGUUUGGACAAAGAUCUUGGGACCCAGUGGCACUAUCAAGUCGGUGUUCUCCGAUGAUGGCGCUAUCUCGGAUGGAAUGAAGGCAUUUUUACUAAAAUUAGUCACUCCAGCGGCGGAAAAGAUAGGCUGGGAACAACCUGCGGAUGAAGAUUUCCUUAAGUCACAGCUUCGACCUCUAUUAAUACUCUCUGCCGGUAUCAAUGGCCACAAAGAGUAAGUUCAGAAAAGGUAUUGCAUACAUAAUUCAUGGUUGACAAAAUAUAGAAUUAUCACCGAAGCCAAACGUCGCUUCGAUCUGUACACAAGCGGCAAGGACAAGUCGGUCAUUCAUCCAAGUCUAAGAACUGCAAUUUUUGGCCUUUCCAUUCGAUACGGUGGGAAAUCUGAAUAUGAUGCUCUGAAGAAAGAGUAUCGCGAAACAACUUCCAUCGAUGGUAAAGAGAUUACACUCCGUGCAAUGGGACGUGUUCAAAGUCCAGAACUUAUCGCCGACUAUUUUGAAUUUCUCUUCAAUGAAGUUGCAACACAAGAUGUCCACACAGGCGCAGCCGCUCUUGCGGCAAAUACUAAGACACAUUACCAGCUUUGGCAAUAUAUUCGAGAUAACUUCGAUCCAAUCAAGGAGAGGUUGUGAGUAUCCCAGUUUAGCAAUUGAGUAAUCUGUUCAUUUGAGAAUGUCACUAAUUCUUUUUGCAGAUCUGCUAACAUGGUUGUUUUCGAUCGAUUUAUUAAGCUUUCUCUAGCCACCUUUAGUGAUGAUGAUAUCAACAAGCAAAUUGAAGAGUUCUUCGAGAAAAAAGACAACAGAGGCUAUGAUCGAUCAUUGGCUAUCAUUGCCGAUACUAUCAGGGGAAGAGCAGCUCUCAAAGCCAGAGAUAGGGAGGUUAUCCUCGAAUGGUUGAAGACCAAUAGUUAUUGCUGAAUUGGGUCGAGCCAUGAUGUUCGCUUGAUAUGUCCUUGAGCAUCAUACCAUUUGUUAGAGUCGAGAAAUUGUUACUGUCCCACACAAUUGCAUUUAUUUAUUAUGCGAAAUAUAGGUCCCUCUUAG